CUCCCGGAAGCGGCGCUGUAGUUAACUUCCGUGUAGUCUAUCACAACUGGACUCUAUGUGGACCAGAUAAGUGUGUUUUUUUUAACGUCAUCGCGUAUUUAAACUGCUGCAGCGGAACUCGUCACAUCUGCGGCUGCCAUAAUUCUACGUGGGCUCAUUUAAAAAUAUGAGUUUACGUGAGAUCAACGAGAACGUGAAAUUGGCCCGUGAAUACGCUCUGCUGGGAAACUACAACUCCGCAAGUGUUCUCUACCAAGGCUUGCUGGAACAAAUCAAUAAGUAUGUGUACACCACACGAGACGGCGGUCUUCAGCAGAGAUGGCAGAAGUUGUGGCAGGAAUUGAGUGAGGAGAACAGACAGGUUCAGAUGAUCGUGGGCACCCUGGAGAGCUUUCGUCUAGACGCGGCACCCGCUAAACCAAUUGACCCGUAUGAUUGGGAAGUACGGCCUGUGCACGUUGAACCCAGACACCCAAGCCCCAUCAGGCCAGCUGCAAACCCUUAUAAAGACAACAAACCUCCCAACAACCGCCUCAGUGCGGCAGUGAGGGCCCAGCAAAGACAUUCACCCCGAGGGGCCAACGGGGACAGAAACAAACCCACCAAGGGCAAAGAGAAAAAGGAAACAAAAGAGGCUGCUGGCAAAGCAAAGGGAGACAAGAGCAAAGGAGAAGGACAGGAAAAGGAAGUGAAAAAGUUUGAUGGGGCAGGAUAUGACAAAGACCUCGUGGAGGCCCUGGAGAGAGAUAUCAUAUCUCAGAAUCCAAACAUUAAAUGGGAUGACAUUGCAGACCUGGGCGAUGCUAAAAAACUCCUGAAAGAAGCGGUGGUGCUGCCAAUGUGGAUGCCAGCCUUUUUCAAAGGCAUACGAAGACCGUGGAAGGGAGUGCUCAUGGUGGGACCUCCCGGCACAGGGAAAACCCUUUUAGCCAAAGCGGUGGCCACCGAAUGCAGGACCACAUUUUUCAACGUCUCCUCCUCGACUCUGUCCUCCAAGUACCGAGGAGAGUCGGAGAAAUUAGUGCGGCUGCUUUUUGAAAUGGCACGCUUUUACGCUCCCACCACCAUCUUCAUCGAUGAGAUAGACUCCAUGUGCAGUCGAAGGGGAACCUCCGAGGAGCACGAGGCCAGUCGGAGGGUCAAGGCGGAGCUCCUGGUGCAGAUGGACGGCGUGGGAUGCGUGUCGGAAAGCGAUGACCCUUCCAAGAUGGUGAUGGUGCUGGCCGCCACCAACUUCCCGUGGGACAUAGAUGAGGCUCUGAGAAGACGUCUGGAAAAGAGGAUCUACAUUCCCUUGCCCUCUGGCAAAGGACGGGUGGAGCUGCUAAGGAUUAACCUGAAGGAGUUGGAGCUGGCCGAUGACGUGGACUUGGACAAGAUCGCCCAGCAGAUGGAAGGAUACUCGGGAGCGGACAUCACAAACGUCUGCAGGGACGCUUCGCUGAUGGCCAUGAGGCGACGAAUUGAAGGCCUCACGCCGGAGGAAAUCCGUAACAUCUCCCGGGACGAGAUGCACAUGCCCACGACCAUGGAGGAUUUCGAAGCGGCCCUGAAGAAAGUUUCCAAGUCGGUGUCUGCAGCCGAUCUGGAGAAGUACGAAAAGUGGAUUGAGGAGUUUGGCUCCUGUUAAAGGUGCCAAACCCGAUUUUUAAAAAUCAGUUACAGAACAAAAUAGUGCAAAGGAAAAAUAAGCCAAUCAGCUCAUGGUUGUUUUACGGUCAAAGAAGUGACUAGCAUGGCGUUCCUGUGCCUUCAUAUUCGCCUUCAAUCUUGGAUCUAUCAAACACUAAAAGGUCAAUCUUGACAUUGUUUUUAUAAGAACUUAUGUAAUAUCUAUGCCAAUUCUAUUAUAUAGAACUAUAUUUCUAUAAAUAAAGUCACUAUAUUUAAAGAACACUGUUUUUUUUUUUACGUUUUUGUUAAGUAGAUUACAUCCUGAAAACAAAAAUUUGACAAUUUCAAAUAUGAAUACUAAUCGGCAGUCGUGUGGUGCGCUUUGUGGGUUUG